AUGAAGUUCUACCAACACAUCCUGGCCUUGGCCUUUGCUGUAAAAGAGAUCAAUGAGAACCCCAGUAUCUUGCCCAAUGUGAGCCUCGGGUUCCACAUCUAUGGGAACUACUAUGACGAGAAGAUGACCUACCUGACCACUCUGGAGCUUCUUUUCAAAUCACACGAUCUCGUCCCUAACUACAAAUGUGACACCCAGAAAAACCUCAUUGCUGUCAUUGGGGGUCCUGACCGUGAGAGCUCCUUGCACAUGGCAAAUAUCUUGGAUCUCUUCAAGAUUCCUCAGCUGCAUUUGUUUCUUCAACGCAAUUCCUUUAACAACUCAGCAGGAGAACGAGUGUCAUUCAGUAACGACAGGGAGGUGGAGAAAGGCUUUGAUAUCACAAACCUCAUCACAUUCCCAAACAAAUCCAUUUUUAGAGCGAGAGUUGGAAGACUGGAUCCCACCAUUCCAGAAGGGGAAGAAUUGAUCAUACAUGAAGACUUAAUUGUGUGGCAAACAAGCUUUGACCAGAUCCCACCUCUGUCGGAGUGUAACACACACUGCCAACCUGGUUCUCAGAAGAAGAGGAAGGAAGGGAAGAAAUUUUGCUGUUACGAUUGUUCUCCGUGCCCCAAAGGGAAGAUUUCAAGGCAGAAGGACAUGGAUAACUGUAUUGAAUGUCCUGAAGACCGGUAUCCAAGUGAAAGCCAAGAUCAAUGUGUGCCCAAGACAAUUAGCUUUCUGUCUUAUGAAGAACCCUUAGGGAUCAGUUUGGCUUCCAUUGCUAUGUCUUGUUUCCUGAUCACAGCUUCAGUUCUCACAACUUUCAUUAAGCACAAAGAUACCCCCAUAGUCAAGGCCAACAACUGGGAAAUCACUUACAUUCUGCUCAUUGCCCUCCUGUUCUGCUUCCUCUGUGCCUUGCUGUUUCUCGGACAGCCUAUGAAAGUGACCUGCUUCCUCCGCCAAUCAGCUUUUGGCAUUAUCUUCUCUGUGGCUAUCUCUUGUGUGUUGGCUAAAACCAUCACUGUGGUUAUAGCCUUCACGUCCACCCAGCCAGGGUCCAUGAGGAGGAAAUGGACGGGGAAAAGGAUGACCAACAUAAUUGUUCUUUCUUGUCCCUUCAUUCAAGCAGGGAUUUGUGUGAUAUGGCUGGUAACCUCUCCUCCUUUCCCAGAUUUUGACACACAGUCAAUGAAUGAGGAAAUUGUGGCUGAAUGUAAUGAAGGAUCUGUCCUCAUGUUCUAUGUCAUCCGUGGCUACAUGGGACUUCUGUCCCUUAUAAGCUUGACUGUGGCUUUCUUUGCCAGGAAGUUGCCAGAUAGUUUUAAUGAAGCCAAGUUCAUCACCUUCAGUAUGCUUGUGUUUUGCAGUGUCUGGGUGUCCUUUUUUCCAACCUACCUGAGCACCAAAGGGAAAUACAUGGUAGCUGUGGAGAUCUUCUCUGUCUUAGCAUCCAGUGCUGGGUUACUGGGCUGUAUCUUUUUCCCCAAAUGCUACAUUAUUUUGCUGAGACCUGAACUGAACAACAAGGAGCUGUUAAAAAGGAGAAAGAAAUAA